AGAGAAGGGAGAAAGAAAAAGCGCAAGGCGGCAGCCCCACCACCACCACCAUCCCCCGCCUCGCCCGCCCGCCCAUGUCUCUCUCCUCCGCCGGGCACCACCCCCACCACCCGACCCGACCGACCCCGAACCCCACUCUCACCUCCGAUUCCGACUAGAUGCAACACCACCACCUGCUCCCCGCCGCCGUCUCCGCCGCGCCGGAGGCGGCCGCGGCGACGGAACCCCCGCCCCCGCCUGUCCCCGAUCCCUCCUCCCUGCGCAUCCACAUCCCGUCAAGCCCGCACCACGCGCUGCCCUCCACCCCGCACAAGCGGCCCGUCGUCAUGACCUCCUCCACGUCCACCCCCACGCGCCCCUCUCCGUCGCCCUUCACCCCGCCGCGGAGACGCAAGGCGGUGCCCGCGGCGGGGGCGCCCACCGCGGGUGCGGCGGCGGCGAGGCACCUCCUCCGCUGCCUCCACCUCCGCCUGCGCAUCCUCCUCCUCAUCUCCCUCCCGUCCCUCUACUUCCUCUCUCCAUCCCCCACCAUCCUCCCGCGCUCCCUCCUCGCCGACUUCCUCUCCGCCGCCGCCUUCUCCUGCGCGCUCCUCCUCCUCCUCUGCCUCUCCCUGCCCCGCCUACCCUUCGCGCUCCCGCUCCCGCUCCGCCGCGCGCGCCGAUCCCCCAUCCUCUGGUCCAUCGGCUCUUCGCCCUCCGCAUCGGCGUCCAGCCCCACCACUGGCCAUUUCGUCCAGGUGUACAGCAACGGCGAUGUCUACGAGGGCCAGUUCCACCGCGGACGGUGCACGGGCAGCGGCGUCUACUACUACUACAUGAGCGGGAGGUACGAGGGGGACUGGGUCAACGGCAAGUACGACGGCUUCGGCGUCGAGACGUGGGCGAGGGGGAGCCGGUAUCGGGGCCAGUACCGGCAGGGGCUCAGGCACGGAUAUGGCGUCUACAGGUUCUACACCGGGGAUGUGUACGCCGGAGAGUGGUCGAAUGGGCAGAGCCAUGGGUAUGGCGUGCACACCUGCGAGGAUGGCAGCCGGUACAUUGGGGAAUUCAAGAGGGGCGUCAAGCAUGGCCUCGGCCACUACCAUUUCAGGAAUGGUGACACCUACGCUGGAGAGUACUUUGCUGAUAGGAUGCAUGGCUUUGGAGUCUACAGUUUUGCUAAUGGACAUAGAUAUGAGGGAGCAUGGCACGAGGGCAGAAGACAGGGUUUAGGCAUGUAUAGUUUCAGGAAUGGAGAGACGCAAGCAGGCCACUGGCAAAGUGGAGUUCUUGACACUUUAAGCACCCAGAACAUUAUCCCUGGAUCGCCUGUUGCUGUGAACCAUUCCAAGGUCCUUAACGCAGUGCAGGAAGCAAGAAGAGCUGCAGAGAAGGCCUAUGAUGUCCCAAGAGUAGACGAUAAGGUGAACAAGGCUGUUGCAGCAGCUAAUAAAGCAGCCAAUGCAGCCAGGGUGGCUGCCGUGAAGGCUGCACAGAAGCGCACCCCCAAUAACGGUGACAAUCUACCACUAUCUGUAGUGUGACAAUGAAGUCAACAUAUGGUGGUUGGCAUGGAGCUGCUUCGCGAUGCCAUCACAUCACCAAUUGCCCGACAAAACCUUCGGUUUCCCAAUAGGGGAAGUUCCUCCAACAUCGGGCCAUGGCGACACCUGAGUGGCUGCCGUUGCAUCAAGCAUCAGGAGGACACCGAGUUUUCCGCCAUCCCUUCCAUACAUCUUUGUGGUGUCUUUUGCAACGCAGCAAAACUCUUGCUCGGAGAAGUUUCCAUUGUCGAAGGCAACUGGUUGAGGUCAGUAGUAGUUUUUUCCUGCUUUUUCUUCAGUGUAAUACUCACCUUAUGUUAGAGAGAUAUGAUGAUAUACACCCCACCAUCAGGAGACAAAACAUAUGCUUCUUGUCUCUCUUCAAGCAUGUACAGAACCUACAUGUUUCGCGGUCGCCGGCAAUGCUGGUUGGAGAGACCACAUGCCGCCCGCCAAUAUUUGUACUUUGUACCAGAAGACAAAGAUAUCAUGAUCAUGAGUGCCUCCUGUUGUUUUGGUGGUU